AUGACGAAGUCAAAUAUUGCAUCAGCACUUCUCUUCACACUCCUCACCUUCAUCGAUGUCUCAACCAGCUCCUCCAACGUAUUCAACGUCGUUAGCUUCGGGGCCAAACCUGACGGAGUUACGGACUCGACGGCAGCAUUCCUCAAGGCAUGGCAAGCGGCUUGUGUCUCGGCAGCUUCAGCCACUGUGAUGGUUCCGGCUGGUACGUUUCUAGUGAAGGGGAUAACGUUUACAGGGCCAUGCAAGAGCAGACUCAAGUUUCAAGUAGCCGGAACCGUCGUUGCUCCAGCAGAUUACUGGGCAUUUGGAAACUCCGGCUACUGGAUUCUCUUCAACAGGGUUAGCAAAAUGUCACUCGUCGGUGGGACUUUCGACGCUCGGGCUAGUGGGUUCUGGGCUUGCCGGAAAUCUGGUCAGAAUUGUCCUCCUGGUGUUAGGCUAGAUGAUCUUCACACUUAA